AUGAAUUUUCUGAAUCGAGUGCUUGAAAAUCAAGCGAAACUUUUUAAUUUGUUUUUGCUUUCGUUCGGGAUGGCAAAUGAAACCACAAGUGACGAUCGGGCUUCUACCACCUCUACCACUACACCUCAACAACAACAUGACUUUUCUCAAACACCUCUCUCCAAAGUAUUCAAAGAGGUGUUUGCGAAUGGAACAUUUCAUUCCGAUGUCAUGAUUCAAUAUAUUGUGGAUGGAUUUUCUCAAUUUAAAUCCGAUGCUCAAACUUUUAUUAAUUCUGUCUAUUGGAGAGAAGAAUAUUGGUUACAAGGUGUGAUUGCGAUGCAUAUUGUCUUGCUCACGUGUAUUAUUAUUUGGCGGAAAAACAUGAAUAUGCAAGCCUUGUUAUUUGCUUUGAUUUGUGUCAUGACGUACUUGUCAGAAACAUUGAAUCGAUGGUGCAAUUCAAAUUGGCAACUAUUUUCAACAAUGAAUUAUUUUGACGGACGUGGAUUCUUUGUGGCUGUGGUUUACGCAUUUCCAUUAUUGUUUUUACUUUUUAUCAUUGUUAUGAACAUGAUUAUUACUUCCGCACAAAUGGUGAUUAAGGUGAAACGAAGACAACUUCAGAGACAACAACGACAAAACAAUCGUAGCACUAACAAUGCUCAAUCCUCUUCGAAGAAUCGAACAGAAGGAUCAACUCAAUCCACUUCUCAACAAUAG